CAUCGUUCUGGAUCUCGAGAACCUGAAGAACCUUCUCCAGCCAAUUUGGAGAUCAUUGAACUCAACGAAGAUGAUGAUUGAAGCUCUUCUCCUCAUUGUAGCUGCUCUACAGGAACACACAGCAGCUGCUGUACAAAACAUAUAUCACCUGGAUAUGGCAGUGAAUUCAGUUGAUGAUCAGUAUGAUGGAUGUAUGAUCAAAAUGGCGAAUCUGGUGAAGACCAAAUAUCUUGAGAAGGAACUCAAGAACUCAAACGCAUUUAACAAGGCUUGGCAGGAAGGUGAGGAGAACUCGACAGCACCACAAGACAACCUGACAAGGAAUCAUUCGAUUGCCAUUUACGUCUACACUAACCUCGAUUCUAGUGUAUAUAGCAGUUUCAAUAUGGCGUCACGCAAUGGUAAACAAAACUACACAGACCAGACGUUCACAUGGUACUCGCUUCACUUUUUGCUAACAGACGCGAUACAGAUAUUGAGCGAAUCACAAAGAAAAUGCAAGACUACUUUCCGUGGUACUAACGUGUUGUUUUAUCGAAAUGUUACAGGGAAAGUGAUUCGCUUCGGCUCUUUUACGUCAUCGUCUCUUGAUCGUAAAGUAGCGCAAGGUUUUGGAAAUAAAUCUUGCUUUAAAAUCAAAACUUGCAACGGUGCUAAUGUGGUCAAAUAUUCAAAGUAUCCCGACCAGAAAGAAGUGUUGAUUCCUCCAUAUGAGAAGUUUAAAGUCACUGCAAUCAAGACGAAAGAAGUAGACAAAAAUCUGUGGUGUGAAACUGUGUACGCUUUGAAAAGCGCCGGGACAAGAAGCGACCUGAACUGUACGCUGGCAUUCAAAAAGACCAUGUCACUUAAAACCAUUCGAUUUUGUAGAUGCAUUAAUAGGAAGAUAAAAGCUAUUGCGCAAGCUGUCAACCGCGGUCAUUAUAAGAGAGUUCAGUUUGGCCCGAAAUUGAGCGUAAAGCCAAAUAAAAUGCUGGAAGAUCAACUGAGCAAACCCAAUCGUAGAGAUGAAGAAAUGUACCAAGAGUGCAUUAAUGUGUUUCACUUCCUCAUUGAAAACCAAAUGAACCCCUCUGAUAGAGAAGUUUACAUCUGGCAGCAGAUUGCUCAGAAACAGGACUGCCGUCGCUUUUUAAACACUUUGGGAUUUGACCCACUAAUCCUGGAGUUACUAAAUCCCUGCUGUACUGCUUGAGUUAAAAUACUUCUUCAAGGCGUUUCUUGAACAUCUUGAACUCAUUCAUAUCUGUCCAGGGAUCAUUUAUUUUCAGAUUUAUUCUAUGGGUGUGUUGAAUGCUCAAUUCUGAUUGGCUGAUGAGCAUUCUAAGGGCUCAUUGAUGUGAUGCGAUGUUAUGAACGUGAUGUAAUAACAACAAUAACAGGUCUAUUGGAAAGAGGAACACAAUAUGUUAUUAUAGGCACUUGAAGAUACAUUAUAUAACUUAGGAUCUUCUUCUUUGGCUCUCGGUGAAGACAGUCAUAUUUUUUUCCUCUCCCUCCCGAAUCUCUCCUGUCUGACUCCUCUUGUCUCAUCUUAUUCUAUCUCUGAGGCUCUCCUUGCUCUGCUCUCCAAACAAUAAGGAAUUAUCUCUAAACGGAAUUGACACCAUCUUCUUGACAAGAAGUCUGGGUUCAGGGGAACCCAACUGUCCUGCGAGGACGUUUGCUACUGGAUACAUGAUGGACGGGUGGGAGAAGUGGCGCAUUGUGUGCCUGGCUGCUCUGUCUCUGGAGGAUAUUGAACAUAUCUAUCUAUUCAGAACUUGGACAACAGGGUUUCUGUUGAUUAGGCGGUGCCCUGGGGUAUCAACGAUUGAUAAAAAAAAAGUCAGUGUGGCUUAAAACCCCACCAAGCUAGCCAGAUGGAUUAAAAUGAUUGUAAGAAGUUAGUGCUCUGGUUGCUGUGACUGUGGUUAUGGACUGCAAAUUGAAAAACAUUGCAGAGAUACUCUAUGCUUUGCAACGAGAUUUGGACAGACCUGGAGACUCGUGACAGACAUUAGAUAUCUGCAAAAUUGGCAGAUAUUGACCUAAAUUUGCAACCUUUUUCUUUUUUCCCUUUCGGCUUCCAUGUGACUCUCCUGCCAAAUGGCCUUGGCUGGAGACAAACUUCACCCGGAGAACCCCGCCCCUAAGAGCAGAUGGCUGCUGCCUAGAACAGACUAUACCCUGUUCCCAUACCUUGUUGUGAUGUUUUGUCUAUGUGUUUAUGUGCUUGUUGCUGAGGCUUUUUUCCUCCUGAUUUCACACUGCCCUUCUUCAAGGACAGUCUGAGAAGGGCUUUUUCGCCUUCCCUUUCCCUAAUGUAUCUUAUUUCCUCUUUUUAAAGAUACCUCUCAUUGGCCUGUCUUCUCCUGAAAUGUUUGUGUAUGGUCGAAGGAGUCCAAUUUCACUACUUGUAAAAGUGAAUGUGACAAAUAAAGACUUUUUAUCAUCAUCAUCAUCAUAUCUGGACAAAUGCCAUGAUUUAACAGUAAAUUUACUAUUACUAAUUUGCUAUCAACAGAAACUUGUGACUGUUGCCCUGCCUCUGAGCUCUUCUGAUUGGUCCACUGCUAUGGAACUGACAGUGAUGAGCAGCCAUCUUUCAACUUGACAAGGCAUCUAAAAAGCAAAAGAUGCGAGGAUGAUGCGAAAGGUGUCCGUCAAACACUUGUUUUCAUUGAAAAGCAGUAGAAAAGUAGCGCAGUGGAGAGGAAAAUGCAUUCUGUGUGAAAGGCCCCCUUAAGCAUGCAGCUAUUUUCAGAUAAAUGCAAAGCUAAAGUAGCUCCAGCAGAUUCUGAGUGCAAACCGUCAAUUGAUUGGUGUUAUUUCACAGCAUAAAACAGUCAAAAAUCACAUCAAAAACACAACAGAAGGCUUCGGAUGAGAUGAGUAAGAAACUAGUCCUACACAUUGGAGCAGAUUGAGAACAAAAACCUGACAAAUGUCUGAAAUACAACAUCUAAACAGCAUCUUUAGAUGUGGUAACCAGAGUAUAAGUGGAAUAAUUAACUCCAGACCAUCGAAUUAUUAGAAAAUAAUGCAGAGUUGUAACAGACAUUUUGCUUCACAUCUUCAAUUAUUCCUCACAUAAUUUCUGCAUCUUUGACAACAAUUGAAAUCAAGGAUUUGUAUUGAAUAACUUUUUACAUUUUCUUUUUUUAUGAAACUGUCAUAAACAUUGUGUGGUGUUUUGUCAUCAGAACAACAAUGUUGUAAAGCAUUUAUUUACACUUCUUUUGCUUUGCUAAAGUAUAAUAGCAUGUCGGAUUGACAUCACAUGAAGAUUUUCCAAUAAAAUCAGUCAAUGCUUGAUUA